AUGGAGCUGAAUCCGCUGGAAGACCUCUUCAAAGCACACAGAGAGCUAGAGAUGGCAAGAAGCAACUACGACAGAGGGCUUAUAAGAGAAAGAAUAAGACAAAUUGAGAAGAUCCUAAAGAAUAACCCAAUGCAGCCAGUGAAGAAAGAGCAGGAAGUUAGCAAAGUAGUUGCAAUAGAAGAAACGCAAGAAACACACAGCAAAGUGUUCAUGGUAGACCGAAUAGAGAAUAAAACCAUUAAUGUUGAAGAGAACGAGUACGACACAGCCAGAAUAGCAAAUGUCAAACAGUGCCAGAUAAGCGUAAGGACAGCACACUCUACAUACAUUCAAAGCGCAGACUCGUCACUCUUCUACAUCACUGCACAGCAAAUCAGAGUAAAUUCAUGUAGAAAUGUCACGAUAUAUGCAUAUACAGCAACAGGUGUGUACAUCGAAGACUCUACCGAUGUAAAAGUGCUAGAGUAUACACCAAAGGUCCUUCCAGCCUACGCAAACCAUGUCCAAGUGUAUGACUUUAACAGAGGAAACGCCAUCUAG